UUCCAUACAAACAAAAUAGAAAGAGGGAGCAUUCCAUUAUGGUGUCUUUACCAUGCUGUGGAAUGAAUAUGGAGAAAAAUAAACUAUAUAUCAUAAUGAUCUCCAUACAGUUUAUAUAUGCUGGCAUGGCUUUGUUUUCUAAGGCGUCAAUCACUCAAGAUAUGAAUCCUUAUGUGUUUGUGGUUUAUCGCCAAGCAUUCGCUUCAGUGGCAUUAGCCCCUGUUGCCUUUUUCAUGGAGAGAAGUGGGAAAGCUCCUUCACAUUCAUUUAUUCUACUCGGCAAAAUUUUCUUGGUUUCUUCGUUGGGGUACGUUCAAGAUCAAUUUUCUUUAUUUCUAUGUAAUCUUGGUGCUUCAAACCUUCAAGCCUUCUAUAAAAACAAAACAAAAACCUCAAAUGACCUAUCUGAAAAGCAUCAUUCGAAAGCUGAUUGGUUAAAGGGUUCUCUUCUCAUUUUUGCAGCCAAUGUAACAUGGUCUUUGUGGCUAAAUAUGCAGGUACCCCACGAAGUUAUUAACUUAAAUUACGGUCCCCUAAUCAGGCAGUACCCCACGAAACUACGGCUUACAGCCCUGCAAUGUUUUUUCAGCCGUAUAUCGUCAGCAAUAUUUGCUGUAGUGAAAGAAAGAAUCGCAGAACCGUGGAAACUAGGAUGGAAUCUUAGGCUCCUUUCAGUAUGCUACUGUGGUGUUAUUGUCACUGGAUUAACUUAUUGGUUGCAAUUUUGGGUUGUUCAGAAGAAAGGGCAUGUAUUCACAGCUGCGUUCAGUCCAUUGGCACUUAUCAUUACAGCAAUUUUCUCAGCAAUAUUGUUCAAGGAGACUCUUUAUUGGGGAAGUGUCUGUGGAGCUAUAAUGCUGGUAAUUGGUCUUUAUGGCAUUUUAUGGGGGAAGAACAAAGAACGAAAAGCUGAAACAACAGAGGAAAAAAAUGUAGAAAAUGAGGAAGAAGAAAAGUUGUCUUAGUUUGUCAUUUUAUAUGUUAGGUUAAUUUGUAAACCUUUCGAGCAACAAAUAUCUUAAUAGCCUGCCAGGGCCAGGUGAAGUU